AUGCCGAAGCUUCACAACUCUUAUCUGGAAAUUGAGGAUGCGAAGCUAUGCUCGGAAGAGUUUGCGAAGAAAGAAGACGAAAAAGAUGAACUGAGAAAAUUGAGGCAAGAGUUUGUAAUACCAACGAAAGGCGAUCUCAAGACGAGAAAGUUUGGCUUCGAAACUAAAAUCAAAAGCGCGUCAACCGACGCCGUUGCAGCUUCAAAAGAAGACCCUGUGGACGAGUCGAUAUACUUUUGCGGUAAUUCACUCGGCCUGCAGCCUCAACGGACAAAGGAGUAUAUCAACCGAUACUUGGACACUUGGGCAUCUAAAGGCGUCUUCGGCCACUUCACCGAAUACGAGGGAGGCUUACCCCCAUGGCUACAUAUCGACGAUGCGAUCAAAGAACAGACGGCCAAGGUGGUUGGGGCACUACCGAGUGAAGUGGUGAUUAUGGAGACUUUGACGGCGAACCUACACUUGCUCAUGUCGAGCUUCUACCGGCCAACCAAGGAUAGGUGGAAGAUCAUCAUCGAGGGCAAAGCGUUUCCUAGUGAUCAUUACGCUGUCCUCUCACAGAUCGCGCACCACAACCUCGACUCAUCCGCCCUCAUCACCAUCGAACCUCCCUCGCCGUCUUCACCAUACCUCACCAUUGAACACAUACUCUCGGUGAUAUCCGAACACGCACCAACAACCGCUUUAGUCCUUCUACCCGGUAUCCAAUUCUACUCAGGUCAAUUCUUUGAUAUCGAGCUCAUCACACGACACUGCCGGUCGCUAGGUAUAACGGUAGGAUGGGAUCUUGCACAUGCAGCGGGCAACGUGCCAUUGAAGUUGCAUGACUGGAAUGUGGACUUUGCAGCAUGGUGCAACUAUAAGUACCUCAACGGUGGGCCGGGUGUCAUUGGUGGUUUAUUCGUACACGAGCGGCAUGGUACGGUCGAAAAAGCGCGAGCGGCCAAGGCAGACGGAAUCGACGGUGGUGACAGCGCGAACGGUGCACCGACUAGAGAACAGCAGGGAAGCAAUGACUCGCAACUCGUCUACCGACCACGACUGAGCGGCUGGUGGGGAAGCGAUAAAAGUAGCAGGUUUCGUAUGGAGAACAAGUUCGUCCCGAUAGCUGGAGCAAGCGGCUUUCAGCUUAGCAAUCCGAGUGCCCUAGAUUUGACGUCCGUCAUGGCGAGUUUGGAAGUGUUUGCGCUGACUAACAUGGAGGCGUUGCGUCAACGAAGUUUGCGAUUGACGGGAUAUCUUGAGGCAAGACUCCUACGGUAUGCAGGCGGAGAAGCACCGUACAAGAUAAUCACGCCAUCGAACCCGGCAGAGCGCGGUGCACAGCUUAGCGUUCUACUCAACCCAGGCUUGCUAGAUCAUGUGAUGCAUUACAUUGAGGAACACGGAGUGGUGGUGGAUGAGCGAAAACCUGACGUGGUGAGAGUUGCGCCUGCGCCACUGUAUAACUCUUUUCACGAUAUCCACCGCUUCAUCAUCAUCUUCCAUGAGGCCUGUCGUAGAGCUGUGAAGGGCGUCGACCAAACACAUACUAAGGACACAGGAGUUCCAAGCCGCAUUGCUGCCACAUAA